AUGGGUGCGGCUAAGGAUCGAACAGCUACGGAUAUGAAUAAAAAACAGAAUGGUGACUCCAAGAGUCACGGUGGGGAGGGACGACCCGGGCAUGGUGGGGAAGGUCGACAUGGAGGGGAGGGAAGAGGGCAGGUUGGUGAAGGAAGAAGUCAAGGUGGGGGUAGAGGUGGAAAACCUAGAUCAAGAAGUAACUCUCAAAAUGGAGGGAAAGCUGUAAGGGUUAAAACUGGCGGAGGUGGUGGAAGGGGGCGUGGCAGGGGCGGAGCAUUAGCGGGCAAGCCUACUAGAAAGCAACAGAAACCAUCAAGAGAUUAUGAGGAUGAAGAGUGGAGAACAGUUUAUAUUGGAUUUAUAGAGAGAGGAACUACUGAGGAGGAAUUACUCAACCAUUUCAAGGAAUCUGGGGAGGUGGAGAGGUUGACUCUAAAGGAAGGAUUCGCGUUUAUUUUGUUCAAGGAAGAGAAAUCUGUUCAGUUAGCAUGCAGUUUGGAUGGAACUCCUCUCAGAGGAUUAAAUCUCCGCGUAGCGCCAAGGAAGGAGAAACCCCCCGAGGUUGUUGGUGAAGUUCUUCUUGAUUUGGAUAUGAAGAAGUUCAGGAAUGAAAAGCAGGAGAAGCUGUUUACAGAUUUGGAAGAUUUCCUCCAGACCUUUGAUUGUGUCGGCAGCUUUAGUCAGGACCAGAAGGAAGCAAACUCAAUUGUUAUUCCAGGUUGUCCGCCUGUCCUGGACUGGAACAAGAUGGAGGCGGAAGAGGGUGAGAUUCGGCUUAUCCGUCAGGCGGAGAAUGCUCCAGAGUUGAAUACUACAGAUUCUAUCAGGAAAUCUGUUCAGCACUGUUCUCCAGACCUGGACUUCUCUAAGAUAAAGAUUGUAACCAAUCGGUCUUGUUUGAUGAAGCUAUUGGCCCCUGUGGAUCCAAGUAUUGUUUACACAACAAACAAAUGCUUCAGAAUGACCGCUACCAAAGCCAGUGAGGGACCGAUAUUCCUGAAUCUUGAAUCAAAAUGGCAUCCAACCAUGGGAACUACAAAAUCCUUUCAGGACGCUAUAACUGUCCCACUACCAGAGAAAGUGAAGAAUCUGGCUCAUCCCGGGAUUUUCUACAGGAUUAUAACAUUUGAUCUUGGAAAGUUGACUGUCAUGGUUAGAACACAGGUUCACGCUGAGGAUGAAGAACCAAUGCUGGAGUUUGAGGAAGAUGACAACGAUGAAGACAAAAGUUGUGGCGAUGAUUUUUUCGAUAUCGAGGAGAGAAACGGCGACGAGACGACUACCAAGGCGGAGACUAAACCGGAUGUUGUGGCAGCAGAGGAUGAGGCUGCGGCGGAGAAAAUUAAAAAGUUGAAUAUCACCGCCAAGGAGUUUGUUCCGCCUGUGCAUUCCUGGAAUACAGUUCCGGGCAGUGAUCUUCGCUGGGUUAAAAAUGACGGAGUAUUCACUCAGCCUGAGUCAAGGUAAGAUUAAAA